AUAAUUAAAAUAUAAAUAACCAUAUAAUAAAUAUAUAACUUUCAAUUCGUUCAUUAAAUAUUAUUAACUAAGUUACAAAUUUCAAUUAUGACUACUGACAAAACUUCUCAUGAAUCUGCUGCUAUCGCUUCAGCAUCUCCAUCUUUCCAAUCUUAUCUUAAUAAUGAUGGAAUUGAUGAUUUACAACCUACUACAAGAAAACAUAGAGUAUCUUCAUUAUCAUUGUCUGAUUUAAAUCAAUGGCAAAAUGGUCUUACUAAAUUAUCAUCUUCAACUUCAUUAUCUAAAGCUUCUUCAUCAGAUUUAAAGAAAGUUGAUUCAUUAGCUAAAUUAUCAAGAAAUUCUUCAAUAAUAAGGAGAAAGAAGAAAGUUGUUAUUGAUCAUGAAAGAGUGGCAUCUUAUGCCUUUUGUUUUGAUAUAGAUGGAGUGAUUUUAAGAGGUCCUGAUACAAUUCCUGCUGCUAUUGAAGCAAUGAAAUUAUUAAAUGGAGAAAAUAAAUAUAAUAUUAAAGUCCCAUCAAUAUUUGUAACUAAUGGAGGUGGGAAACCUGAAGCUGUAAGAGCUCAAGAUUUAUCAAAGAGAUUACAUUGUACUAUUACACCUGAACAAAUCAUUCAAGGUCAUACUCCAAUGAAAGAUUUAGUAGGUAUUUAUAGUAAUGUAUUAGUUGUUGGAGGUAUUGGUAAUGUAUGUAGAAAUGUGGCUGAAUCUUAUGGAUUUAAAAAUGUUUAUACUCCAUUAGAUGUUUUAAAAUGGAAUCCUGCUGUUUCACCUUAUCAUGAUUUAAGUGAAGAAGAUAAAGUAGCUGCUAAAGAUGUUGAUUUUUCAAAAGUUUCAAUUGAUGCAAUUUUAGUAUUUGCUGAUUCAAGAAAUUGGGCUGCUGAUCAACAAAUUAUUCUUGAAUUAUUAUUAAGUAAAAAUGGAGUUAUGGGUACUGAAUCAAAAACUUAUGAUGAGGGUCCUCAAAUUUAUUUUGCUCAUUCUGAUUUUAUAUGGGCAACUAAUUAUAAAUUAUCAAGAUAUGGUAUGGGAGCUCUUCAAGUUUCAAUUGCUGCUUUAUAUCGUGAACAUACUGGUAAAGAAUUAAAAGUUAAUAGAUUUGGUAAACCUCAAAAGGGUACUUUUAAAUUUGCCAAUAAAGUAUUAACUCAUUGGAGACAAGGUGUAUUAGAUGAACAUUUAAAGAAAUUAUCUAUAAGUGAUCCAAAUGCUUUGACUGAAGCAGAUAUUUUAAUUAAUGAUGAAGGUGAAGAAAUCAUUAAUCAAAAUAAAUUGGAAUCUUAUGAUGAUGAUGAUUCAUCUGAUGAUAUUAAAGAACCUUUGGCUAUUGUUACUAAGAAGGAUAAGAUUACUUUGGAAUUGCCUCCUGCUUCUACUGUCUAUUUUGUAGGUGAUACUCCUGAAUCCGAUAUUAGAUUUGCUAAUUCUCAUGAUGCUUCAUGGCAUUCAAUUUUGGUUAAGACAGGAGUAUAUCAAGAAGGUACUGUUCCUAAGUAUACUCCAAAGCAUAUGUGUGGAAAUGUAUUGGAUGCUGUUAAUUAUGCUAUUGAAAGAGAACAUCAAAAGGAAUUAGCAGAAUGGAAUGAAACUGCUGAUGAUGAUGAAGAUAGAGGGUUCAAGAUCAAUUUCUCUGAUUUGGUUAUGACCCCUUCUGAAAGAUCAACCAAUGAUACUACUACUAAACCUAGUACUAGAUCUGUUGCAGAACAUGAAUCAAUUGAAGUUCCAGUAGUGUUGACUCAAGAAAUUGAAAAAAUCAAAGACAUUGGUGUUCUGAAGUAAUGAAUAAAGCUACUGUUUGGUUUUCAUUUCUCAUUUCUCAUUUCUCAUUCGUUAUUAUUUAUUUAUAUACAUUAGCGUUCUACUAAUACCAAAUUUAUUUAUUAAUACAUAUAUAUCUUUUACGAAACUUCUAUACUGUAUAACAAAUAGUUUAAUUUUAAUUUU